GCCAGUCGCCCCUUAGAAGAAUUGGAAGAUGUUGGUGUCUUGGCGCAUUUAUUGGUCAUUCAAGCUCAGGUCUCCUCCAGGGAACGGCUAUAAAGACGGUAUUGAUCUCCGCCAUUUGGGACUAUCAUGCAGCUUUCUUGUCUUCUCAUCAGCACACUGUUCGCCUUGGGCCUUCGCGCUACCCCAGUCACAGACGAAGCCGGACACAGCGAGGUCUUUGACGGGAAAAAGAUCUUUGAGCGGUCAGGCCAGUCGUGUCGAGUUCUCAGCGAGCAUGUCAACUGCCGCUAUGGGCCCGGCACAAACUACGAUGUCAAAGUUGGUCUGUCCUCGUCCUGGACACGCGGGUAUUACUUCACCUGUGUGAAAUCGGGAGAGUGUAUUACGUUGAAUGGUGCCGUUAACUGUGGCUGGGAUUAUUUUGAAGAGGAUAGGUGCUACGUGAAUGGGCACUAUACUGAUAGCUCUUGUAGUCUGGCCAAGCUUGGACGUUGUUAAGUCAGAAUAUCGGGAUGGCUUCUCUGGACCUCAUGGUAGCCUAUAUGCAUGCACCUGUCUCGCUGUUCAGCUGUUCAACCCCUUGAUAUUCGUGCUUCAAGGUAUUGAUUGGGAUACUAUGGCCUAGCAGCGCUGAGUACGAGUACACUGCUACUGAAAGGUACCUAACGGUCAUGAAAACGGUCCAGGCUACCAUUCAUGACUUUUCUACGGAUAUAGUUAUCAGUACUAUCUUUGGAUCUGGUACCAACGGUAUCAGAAGCUCGAGCUAGGAAUCAGAUUGUAUGGUUUCUCAACAACGGCCUUGUAUCCCUAUCCUCUAGUCUCGAAAGUUUUCGCCAUAUUUUCCUUCAACUCCCCAAGAAUACCACCUU